GCUGAUGAGUGCUUCGGAUAGCAUUGGGGCAGCAUGGAUGGAAGACGAUGUGUACAUUGCGCUUAUGUGUAUGGUGUUUACCGUGUGUGUCCUGGUGUCGUUGUAUCGUCGUCAACGUCGCAAGGUUCCACCCGUGUUGCCGCCGCCGCAGUCGUUUGCAACGUGGAUCACAGAUAGCUCCGACGUGGUGCGAAACCUGCCGCUCAACCAAGUGGCGUUCCCUGGAAGCCACAACUCUGGCGCGUAUAACAUCUGCGGCAACGUCGUGUCAGGAGACUGCCACGCGUCGCUGGUUCCGUACAUCCAACGGCUCCCGUUUGUCUCGUCAUUCGUAGCUCGAUGGGCCACUUGCCAACGACUGUCCAUCACCGAGCAGCUUCAAGCAGGAGUCCGAUACCUUGAUAUCCGCGUCCAAGCCUUCCCUAGCGGCGCCCCCCGAGUCUGCCACAGUCUCUGCUCCAUCUCUCUGCACGAAUGUAUCGCCCAAGUCCGCGCCUUCCUCGACGAGCAUCCCACGGAGCUGGUGAUUCUGGACGUGAACCACAUCUACGUGACAAGUCCGAGUCAGUAUAUUGUCAUUGGCGAGCAACUUGUGGACCAACUCGGUCGGCACUGUAUCGCACGCAGAUCAGACUCCCCCUCAUCAUGCACAUUAGCAUCUCUUUGCCAGCAACGCAUCCAAGUCGUACUGGUAUACCACGACCAAGAAUCUGCGCUACGGUUGGAUCUAUGGGGUCCGUCGCACAUUCAGUCGCCGUGGCCCCGUGUCGCAGAUAAUGUCGUCCAAUAUGCACAAACCCAUCUCCAAGGUCGGAAUGUAUCGGACGAUCAGUUAUAUGUCACGCAAGUGGUGCCCACAGCUCGACCGGUGGACCUUUUGUGUCACUUGAACGUGCUGACAUUUGUCAGGCCGUUGCUGAUACAUGCGUUGCUGUGGCUUCAGCAACUAGCUGAGCAACGGGGUGAUUUACCAACACUCUCAGCGGUGAACAUAGUGAUGGUCGACGACUGUGGUAUUGACCAGUAUGCAGUCAUUGCCGCCAUCUUAAACUUGAACAAAGCCAAAACAGGAUGAGGUUUAGACUAGUAUUAGGUUUUGGAGGUAUUGAUCAUAUAUCGUUCAGAUUAUAACGAGAUAAGACAUUUAUAUUGAAU